AUGUCUGCUGAACCACCCUCGUACGAUGCCCUGAUCGUGGGGGCGGGCUUCUCCGGUAUCUUCCUCUUGCACCAGCUCAGGAAAAUCGGCCUCAAGUGCAAAAUAUAUGAGGCUGGCACUGGUUUAGGAGGAACGUGGCAUUGGCACACGUACCCAGGAAUCCGCGUUGACUCCGAGGUUCCCGUUUACGAGUACUCUGCGCCAGAGCUAUGGUCUGGCUGGACGUGGACUGAGAAAUACCCCAGUGGAGAGGAGAUCCUUAGAUAUUUUGACCAUGUCGAUCAAGUGUGGGACAUCAAAAAGGAUGUCGAGUUCGGCGUUAAGGUCGUUGGAGCCCAGUUUAACGCCCAGAAGAACGGUUGGGAUGUUGACACUGAAGAUGGACGAAUCACGCACUGCAGGUUCUUUCUUGUUGCAGCUGGGUUCUGUGCGAAACGGUACAUCCCAGAUUAUAAAGGGCUGGGCACUUUCAAGGGAAAGAUGUGUCACUCAGCUUCCUGGCCUCGGGAAGGUAUAGAUGUGAAGGGGAAGCGAACCGCAGUAAUUGGAACUGGUGCUACGGGAGUACAGCUAACGCAAGCACUGGCGAAGGAAUCCGCAAGCUUGACAGUAUUCCAGAGAACUCCCAACCUAGCCUUGCCUAUGCGCCAGGGAAAGUUAUCCCCCGAAGAGCAAGAAGAUCGGAAGUCGACCUACCAGAAAUUCUUUCAAAACCGAGAGACAACCUUUUCUGGUAUGAGAUAUGACUUUUUAAGUAGAGUCGCCGUGAGUGAGUCAGAGGACGAGCGUGAAGCACUCUUCGAAACCCUGUGGCAGAACGGAGGAUUCGAGUUCUGGCUAGGAACAUAUCGAGAUAUCCUGUUUGAUUCCAAGGCAAAUCGUUACGCAUAUGACUUCUGGGCCAAGAAGACUCGAGCAAGAAUAUAUGAUGCCAGAAAGAAGGAUGUCAUCGCACCAUUGGAUCCGCCACACGCUUUUGGAACAAAGCGGCCGUCACUCGAGGAGGAUUACUAUGAGGUGUUCAACCAGCCUAACGUCGAUGUCGUCGACAUCAGAAAGAACCCCAUCGUGGAAAUUAAACCAGACGGAAUUCUCCUCAGCGAUGGCUCUUUCUACCCUGUAGAUGUAGUAGCUCUUGCCACAGGGUUUGACGCAGUCACUGGAAGCAUGACAAACAUGGGUCUUCGUGACAUUGAUGGCAAGCCUCUCGACGAAGCCUGGAAGGAUGGAGCGAAUAGCUAUCUCGGCAUGUGUAUUAAGGGCUAUCCGAACAUGUUCUACCUAUAUGCCACCCACGGCCCGACCGCGUUCAGCAACGGGCCGUCUGCGAUUGAGGUACAGGGGCGAUGGAUUGUGGAAGUAAUCAAGAAAAUCCAAGAGAACGGGUGGAAGAACGUGCAGCCAACUAGCCAGGCGCAGGAGCAAUGGAAGGAGAAGGUCAACGCGGCAUCGAACAUUACUCUUCUUCCGCUGACAGACUCCUGGUAUAUGGGUGCAAAUAUCCCGGGCAAGAAACGUGAACAACUCAACUAUGCCGGAGGGCUUAAACAGUAUGAGCUGGAAAGCCAGAAUGCGUUGAAGGCAUGGAAUGGAUUCGUUGUCGCCUAG